UGAAUAAAUGAGACUGUCUCACGCAUAUCUACAUGACGUACAGUGUAAUAAGCUGGCGCAUCAUUAAUCAUUUCUAUGUAUAAAAGUCUCUUCUGAAUUCUCGACUCGAGGAUCGUAUGUGCAUUGCAGCGUUCCGCGCAAAUUACGCUGAAUUUACAUUUCCUAUUGUAUAGGAAUUGAACGACGCGUGUCUCAUGUUCCGAUUAAGUAUGUACCCCAAGUUGGCCGAUUUGGCUGACGGAUCCAGCAACAGUAUGGAUUAUCAUAUCGAGAUAAUUAAUAAGGAUGAUAAAUUGAGAGUGCUGAAAUUCUUAAGAAGGUUCUUCUUCAGAGAUGAGCCGCUGAAUCAGAGCAUUCAAUUGAUUCCGGAAGGUGAAGACAGUACUUGUGCGGAACUAGAGGAAUACUGUUGCAAUGCCUCAUUUGAAAAUAACAUGAGUCUAAUGGCAGUUUCCGCGAGUGGUACAAUCGUUGGAGUUCUGCUCAAUGGCAAAAUGGAUAAUCCUCUAUCAAAUGAAGAACCAGAAUAUAUACGUUCGUGUAAAAACGCGAAAUUUAAGAAAAUAUUGAGAUUACUGCAUCACCUGGAUAAAAGUGUAAACAUGGGUGGACGAUUUCGAGAUUUAAACAUUCUGGAGGUCAGAAUAAUUUCGGUGGACACAAAUUGGAGAGGAAGAGGUGUCGGGACGAUUCUGAUGGGAAAAACAGCGGAAAUGGCAAAGGAACAAGGAUAUCAUUACCUCAGGGCAGACUGUACGUCCGUUUUUUCCGCUAAGAUGUGCGAACGACUUGGUUACGAGCAGAUAUAUAAAAUUAAUUAUAAGGACUACGUGGAUGAGGAUGGAAAACCAAUCUUUUCACCUGUAUCGCCACACGUAGCGGCUGUCUCAUAUGUAAAGAAAUUAUAAAAAUAAAGUUGAAAGAUAUGGAAUUCAAGAGAGUAGUAUACAUUUGGAAUGAACAAAAGUUUGUGUAAAGAAUAAUAAGAAAAUAUAUUAUUAUCUUAUGUCGUUUAUA